AUGCCGAAAAGGCGAAAAGAGGAUAUAGAACGUGAUUUACAAAGAUAUUAUAGAAAAAUCAGGAAACUAGAAGAAAAACAACGUAGCCGCUGUCCGACAACCCCAUCGGAAUACGACAAUUUUGUCGAAACUCAAGGACCCAACACUACUGAGGUUGCCGAAACGAAAGAGCAGCACAUGCCUUGCAAUGUGGAUAAGGAGGCAGAGGUAUUAGAUCCUGAGGUGCUCCUCAUUUUGGUCGACCCAGUUGUGAAAAAGCAAACAUUUGGCCCAGAUAUAAGUGACAACUUGGCAUCACGCUGGACACCUAUUCUUAGGAAAGGCCUCAACAAAGAGGAUAAAGAAAGUAUAACAAAGCUGUACCAAAUUCCAGCAAACUGUGACCUGCUCCUAGCCCCCACAUUAAACCCAGAAAUUGGCACAGCCAUUACAGAAAUGGCGAAAAAUCGCGAUAAAAAGAUCGAGUUUUUUCAGCAGCAACUAGGUAUAGGCCUGACAGCCCUUGGUAGGGCCAUGUCACUCGUGCUGAAAGAUAAAGGAGAAAAAAUGCAAAUAAUAAAAAACUUAAAUGACGCAGCGAGGAUACUUACAGAUCUUCACUUUAACGAGACUCAAACUAGAAAGAAGUUAAUAACACCUACAUUAGAUAAAAGCUUUCUAAAUGUAAUUAAGGAUGUUGACCAUGAUGAAUUCCUGUAUGGUAGAAACCUAUCCGAAAAAAUUAAAGCUGUAAAAAUUAUAGAAAAAUCUAGUCAAUCUAUAAAAAAGGCUGACUAUAAUAUGAACAAAAAUGUGUACUCACAAACCUCUCAGCAUAAAAGUAACAAACAGGGAAACUUCAGUGGCCCACCUCGAACUCAACAACGGUUUGCUCCAGCAACACGGAGCACAGCACGGGGUAGGUACAAGAAGCCAAUGCUGCCAAUCCGCCGGACAGGGGCAACUGCUUUGCCUCUUCAGUCAAAGGACGUCAAAUCCCGUGUGCAGAAAUAA